CGUAAGAAGUGGAUUUACUGACAUGGCAGCAGUCUACAUACACCAGCUGCAGUAUUUUAAUUUGAAUUAACCUACGGUAGUUAAAGCCAAUGCUCAUCUUUUCUUCCAGAAGAAAAGGGGUCAUGUGGGAGGGCCAUAACAAAUUAUGAAAGGACAAGUAGUGACCCAAGAAAUGUGUGUCUUUGCAUAAUCUUUUUUAAACGUCUCUGCCCGUCCAGAUUAAAAUAUGACCUCUGUUUAAUGGGUUCUGAACCACUGCAGACACAAGGCCUAAACAUAGCAACGAUGAUCUUUUCUGGUUUUGAAAAAAGUGAUAAUAAUAACAACAUCAUCUGGUAUCGUAGUGUAGUAUUGAUAGUCCUUAAUUUAUCUUUCUUCAGAUAAGAAAGACUUACAUCAGGCUUCUUCUUUUUUCAAUGACACUUUCAAAAGCAACAAAACAUCUGACAUGUUCUAUCAUAUACACUGACCGCAACUCUGCAAUGUAAAGAAUAAGAGGACGUCCAUGUGAGCAAUUAUACAAGACAUCAGGGUGGAGCAAAGAUCAAACUGGUCCAUCGUGUCCUAAAACAUUAAUUUGCAUUACAAAAUCUAAUCUAAAGUCCAAAGGUGGAAGCUACGACCUUUUAUUUGUUUUUAUAUCAUCAGUGACUCAGCUAAAUUCAGAGAAACCAGUCCCAGCCCCUUUUAGUGUUUGAUUUAAAACCAGUAUUUAAAGCUCUUCCUCCUCUUCGUCAGCACUUUCCUUCUGGUUUCUAUUGCAGAAAUGGCCACAGCAGGUAAGGUCAUCAAGUGCAAGGCAGCGGUGGCCUGGGAGCCCAUCAAGCCUUUGGUGAUUGAGGAGAUCGAGGUAGCGCCUCCUCAGGCCAACGAGGUCCGCAUCAAGAUUAUAGCCACCGGUUUAUGCCACACAGAUCUGUAUCCUCUUUUUGAGAAUACCAAUACAGAAAGCUUCCCAAUAGUCCUUGGUCAUGAAGGUGCUGGAAUCGUUGAGAGUGUCGGGCCUGGCGUCACAGAAUUGCAGCCAGGGGACAAGGUUAUCCCUCUCCCCAUCUCCCAGUGCCGAGAAUGUCGCUUCUGCAAGAAUCCUAAGACAAACGAGUGUGUGAAAGGAUGGUCCGCUCGUGGUUUUGAUAUAAUGGCAGAGCCCGACUCCAGGUUUACCUGUAAAGGCAAGAAGUUGCUGCAGUUUUUGGGAACCAGCACCUUCUCUGAGUACACUGUGAUAAACCAGGUAGCUGUGGCUAAGAUCGACCCAGCUGCUCCUCUGGAAAAGGUCUGUCUCUUUGGCUGUAGCAUCUGCACUGGAUAUGGAGCAGCAGUUAAUACUGCUAAGGUGGAACCAGGCUCCACGUGUGCUGUGUUUGGCCUGGGAGCUGUGGGUUUGGCUGCAGUCAUGGGCUGCAAGUCUGCAGGAGCUAAGAGGAUUAUUGCUGUUGACAUCAAUCCACAGAAGGCUGAGAAGGCCAAAGUGUUUGGUGCAACUGAAUUUGUGAACCCCAAAGAUCACGAUAAACCCAUCAAACAGGUGUUGAUAGAGAUGACUGACGGAGGAGUGGACUACUCUCUGGAAUGUACCGGCAAUGUGGAAGUCAUGCGCAGUGCCUUGGAGUGUUGCGUGAAAGGUUGGGGUGUCAGUGUGAUUGUUGGAUGGACAGACAUGCAUGACUUUGCUGCCAGACCUGUUCAGCUCAUUACUGGACGUACAUGGAAGGGAUCCCUGUUUGGAGGGUUUAAGAGCAGAGAUGGCGUACCUCAGAUGGUUAAAGCCUACCUUGACAAGAAGGUGUUGGUGGAUGAGUUCAUUUCUCACAAAUUGACUUUGGCCCAGGUCAACGAUGCUAUUGAACUGAUGAGACACGGCAAAUGCAUCCGGGUGGUUCUAAGUGUCACUCCAUGAUAAGAUCAACGUGUUUGUCACAGAAGCAUUAAAGCAUGAUUUUAGAAACAGACAACAAUAUACUUUAUGUACAUGAUCAUGACCAAUUAAUACUGUUGAGCAGAUUAUGCGCAGACAGUGUAACUCUCAUGUUUGCUCAAAAAGUUUUAAACGCUCAAAUGUUUGAGUGUUUGUGAAGGCAAAUAAAUGGCUAAAAGAAGUGGGACUGGA